AAGACCUUUAUAGAACUUCCUAGUCAAUUUACAAAGUUGUCAGUGACAAUAAAUGAUUCUUCAGUAGACUUUAAUCCGAAAAACAUUCCUGGGCGUAUUAUCCUAGUUCUUGAUAGUUUAAAGGUACUUAUGUUAACCAUACGUAUGCCCUCUUUGAAACGUCAUUGA